CCUUCCAUGGACCCGCCUUGCAGCCGACAGCUUCCGCCACAAUUUACCGAUACCACCCGCAACACUGUGACUUGUAUCCCGUCGUCACAAAGACAUUUACAACCCGACAUCUUCGACUCGUCGAGGCUUUAUUGUACUUACGUUUCUACGACAUUAUACGAACAAACGAGCUGAGUUUUGAUUUUCUCACGAAGUUACUAGCAAGAGUAUCCCAAUCCGUUUAUUGCAUAAUACCAGCAGGAUGACAGCCCUACCUCAUGCUGUCGAUGCGGAAACGCCACUCAAACCCUCCGAACUUGCAGUUCUACGAGCCCAGUAUGAGAAAGAAGGCGAAAUGGUCGGUGUGCAGACAAAAUUUAAUUACGCAUGGGGCCUGGUAAAGUCCGACUCGCGCAACGAACAACAACUAGGCGUCCGCCUCCUCUCAGACAUAUUUCGCGUUUCCCCCGAGCGCCGCCGCGAAUGUCUAUACUACCUGGCGCUGGGUAAUUACAAGCUUGGCAACUAUGCCGAGGCACGAAGAUACAAUGACCUGCUGUUGGACAAGGAGCCCGCGAACCUCCAAGCGGCGGAUCUGCGUAGGUUGAUCGACGACAAGGUGGCCAAGGAGGGCUUGAUGGGCGUUGCCAUUAUAAGUGGUGUUGCGAUUGCCGCGGGAGUGGUAGGCGGUUUCUUGUUCAGAGGACGAAGGAGAUGAGGUCUUUUUGGACGACUUGAUGUGGUAAUUGUUUGGAUGGGUAUGAAGUAAUAAUACGGUCCGUCGAGAGCCCACGAUGCAUGCUUUCUAAGAGAAGACCGGCGUUGGAGGCUGCUUGUGUAUAUUUCUUUCUGCAAGGUGCUCAUUGUAUGUACAGGCGGUCAGGGCACAUUACAGCCGAUGGACGGAUUCAUGAUACUAACGUAUCAAAUCCUACUUCCAUUCCGACUUCGCAUACACUCGUAGAUUCUUGCAUAUGCUGAUUGGCACUACAUACCUCACUCAUCUAGUAUGUGGAAUACUGGGGGCGGGUAAUUGAAAUUUUUUCCUGUCCAUCACUAAAUGACUGGCCGCUCCGAAACAACUGCGAUAACAUAUAUUUGACUACUGUGUAAUAGAAGCGCAUGUGUUGGUUGAUUUUUGUUGGGUGCGUAAACUUCA